AUAUGAUUGGGAUUUUUAAACGAUUAAAAUGUUGUGAACAACCCAUUGCGUUGAAGGUGCUCAAUGAGUUCCUGAAGUAUAACGUAAAGUUCACUGAAACGAAAACUACAAUUGAUUUUAUUAACAAGUGCAUCGAGUCAGGUCACUAUCCGAAAUUGUACUAUACAUCACUGCGACGCAACGGUGUCUACCCCAAUCGGAAAACGCUGAAACGUCACGCCCUAAAUCAGAUCGACGCCCUGCAUUCAGACAUAAAUGAGAUACAGAUGAAUGUUUUCCGCAGAAAGUAUGCAGUGGAUGACUUAACGGAGGAAUUAAAAAUACCUUUCAUGAACUAUGUUACUAAUGUUAUGGAUCAUAGAUCAGGAAAUAAACUCAUUCAGCUUUUGAAAGGUCUGGAACAUCAGACAGCUGAAAGCAAAUUUCCAACGGACUCUAAAAGGUAUGUCCAUAAUUUAUCGGAUGUCGAACUGGAUAACGAUAAACUAGAGGUAUUAUCCUUAGGUCUAAAGUUUUGUGAUACCCGUAAUAAUUGUAACCACAUAGAUACUGAUAUACAGUUUGAGAAUCUAUACAGCCAGACACGUGAUUUAGUGGCUAAUUCUGAUCAACAACUGGAGCACUUUAAAUCUACUCUUGUGGACUGUUGCUACCAGUAUAAAAACAAUAAAUUUAAUUACAAAAGUAUUCUUACAAAAAGGCAUAAGGAAGCUAUUAACGUUCUCCUAAAGGAUGAGACGUUAUUGAUUACGAAACCUGACAAAGGUUCAGGAGUGGUUCUUCUCAAUAAAAACGAUUAUAUUGAUAAAAUGGGGACCAUCUUAAAUGACAAAUUGAAAUUCCAAAAAAUAACUAACCAUAAAGAUCUCAAUAUGAAAAUAGAGAAAGAGCUUACUAGUUCUUUGAAGAAGCUCAGAGACAACCAGACUAUUUCGUCUGGUCUAUAUGAAAUGAUUAAACCAGUUGGAACCUAUCUGCCAAGACUGUAUGGAUUACCAAAGGUACACAAACCGGGGAUCCCAUUACGACCUAUUUUAGAUAUGUAUAACUCUCCUUAUCAUACUAUAGCUAAAUGGUUGGUAACUUUAUUGAAACCUCUCCACGAAAAGCUGGUAAAACAUAGUGUUAAGGAUGUAUUUCAAUUUGUUGACAAAGUAAAAAAUGUCAAUACUUUGGGACUAAAGAUGAUGUCUUUGGAUGUAACAUCACUAUUCACGAAUGUCCCACUUCUUGAGACAGUAGAAUAUAUAGGGGAACAACUGAUUGAAAAUAAAAUUGAAACUACUGUUCCGAUUAAUGUCUUGAAAGAGUUAUUACUGAAAUGCACCAUGAAUGUAAAUUUCAAAUUCAACGGUGACAUAUUUAGACAAACAGAUGGUGUGGCAAUGGGUUCACCUCUGGGCCCUAUACUAGCUGAUAUAUUUCUAGCUAAAUUAGAGAAUGGUCAUCUGAAAAAGAUUAUUCAAGAAUUCAAAUUUUACUGCAGAUAUAUGGAUGACACAUUCAUCCUGUGUAAAGAUAAUAUUUCACAACAAGAUGUGCUUAGGCAGUUUAACGAAGUGCAUCCAGCCAUCCAGUUUACAUCGGAGGAAGAGAGUGAUGGCCGAUUAGCCUUUUUAGACGUCCUCUUAACUAAGAGAUCUGAUGGAUCGUUAAGAAGAAACAUGAACAGAAAAAGUACUUGGACUGGGCAGUAUACACACUUCCUAAGCUUUGUACCUCUACAGUACAAACGAAACCUAAUCAAGACCCUUAGCUAUCGAAUACGCACUAUAUGUUCGGCGGAUGUAGUUGACAAUGAGCUAAACACAUUGCAUAAUGCUCUAAGGGAGAACGGAUAUCCCAGAAAAUUUAUAAUUAAAUAUAUGAUCUUUAAAGUGAAAAUAGGCGAAUUCCAAACGGUCAAGAAAAAGUCCUUGUUCAUGCGCCUACAAUUCAGGGGGGAUGCCGCUGGCGAAAUACUUGCUCAGAGAUUACGCAGAUCUAUCCAAAAAUCUUUCAACGCAGGUGAACUACGUUUGGUGUUUUCUACGCGUCCGAUGGUGACACCGAGGUUUAAAGAUGAAGUUCCUAGAAUGACCACUUCAUUUUGUAUUUAUCAGUUCGACUGCUCCUGUGGAGCAAGUUAUAUUGGUCGAAGUUCUAGGAAUUUACAUUUUCGUGCUCGUGAACACCUCCCAGCGUGGCUAAGCAAAGGUCUGAUGAAGAAAGUAAACAGCUCGAUUUUGGCCCAUUUAGUACAAACUGGUCAUAGUGCCAGUAUAAACCAAUCUUUUUCAAUUAUUUAUAGGGUCAGUAAUUUUUUGCCUAAGCUUGUCAGGCUUAAAGUCCUUCAAACGGCGGAGGCAGUAGCCAUCAGAAUGAAGAAACCUGAGCUAUGUGUACAGAAGAAAUAUCUCCAACCCCUACUUCUCCCUUGGCCAACCACAAGGCCAAUUAAUGAACAAUCAUCUUAGCUAUUGUAUGACCUAAUUUGACUAUGUACUUACGACCUUUCGUAGUCAAAUGUAAUUGUCUCUCUUAUCUUUAUUCACAAAUCUUUGUAUUUUAUUAUUAUUAUUAUUAUUAUUA